AUGGCAACCAUCUCCGCCGUCAAGGCUCGCCAGAUCAUCGACAGCCGUGGCAACCCCACUGUCGAGGCUGAUGUCCAUCUUUCUGAUGGAUCCAUGUACCGUGCUGCGGUUCCUAGCGGUGCCUCCACCGGUAUCUAUGAGGCCCUCGAGUUGAGGGACGGAGGCAAGGAGUACAUGGGCAAGGGCGUCCUCAAGGCUGUGAGCAACGUGAACACCAUCAUCGGCCCUGCUCUUGUGGGCAAGGACCCCACCCAGCAGAUCGCCAUCGACAAGUACAUGGUGGAGGAGCUCGACGGCACCCAGAACGAGUGGGGCUGGUGCAAGGGCAAGCUCGGUGCCAACGCCAUUCUUGCUGUGUCUCUCGCCGUCUGCAAGGCGGGCGCUGGUGUCCUGAAGAUCCCCCUGUACCAGCACAUCGCCAACGUCGCCGGCAACAAGAAGCUCGUGCUGCCCGUGCCGUCUUUCAACGUCAUCAACGGCGGCUCUCACGCCGGCAACAAGCUGGCGAUGCAGGAGUUCAUGAUCCUCCCCGUGGGAGCCAGCUCCUUCAGCGAGGCCAUGCAGAUGGGGUGCGAGGUGUACCACCACCUCAAGUCCGUCAUCAAGAAGCAGUACGGCCAGGACGCCACCAAUGUCGGCGAUGAGGGUGGCUUCGCCCCUGCCAUCCAGGACAACAGGGAGGGUCUCGAGCUUCUCAAGACCGCCAUUGAGAAGGCUGGCUACACUGGCAAGGUCAAGAUUGGCAUGGAUGUGGCUGCCUCUGAGUUCUGGAAGGCCGACGACAAGACGUACGACCUGGACUUCAAGACCGAGAACAAUGACGGCAGCAAGAAGCUGUCCGGACCUGCCCUUACGGCUCUGUAUGAGGAGUUCUGCCGCGACUACCCCAUGGUGUCCAUCGAGGAUCCCUUUGACCAGGAUGACUUCGAGGCCUACCCCGUUCUCACCGCCAACAUUGGCAAGGACGUGCAGAUCGUCGGCGAUGACCUGCUCGUCACCAACCCCAAGCGUGUGCAAAAGUGCAUUGACAUGAAGGCCUGCAACGCUCUGCUGCUUAAGGUGAACCAGAUCGGAACCGUCGCUGAGAGCAUUGAGGCUGUGCGCAUGUCCAAGAAGGCAGGCUGGGGCGUCAUGGCCAGCCACCGCAGUGGCGAGACUGAGGACACCUUCAUUGCUGAUCUUGCUGUCGGCCUUGCCACUGGCCAGAUCAAGACUGGUGCUCCUUGCCGCUCUGAACGCCUUGCCAAGUACAACCAGCUGCUGCGCAUUGAGGAGGAGCUUGGUGCCAAUGCUGUGUAUGCUGGAGAGAGCUUCCGCACCCCCUGCGAGCCCUAUUAG